CACCAAUUCACCAUUUCUUGCUCGAUUUCCUUUGUAUGCUCCCUCAACCUCUCUCCCCCCUUCCAUAGUGCAUUCAUAGGAACCUCCCAUUCUCCUUAUUCUAUCUCUCGUCAAUUGCUUUGGUAUCCCUUUGUAAUUCCCUUCAAUUCCCCUUCAACUCCCAUGGCUUCAUCCCUCAGACUGGGGAGCUCUGCUCUCCGCGCUUCCUUUGCUUCCAAUCCCGUUGUCCAGUCUGCGGCCUUCACUGGCUUGCGAUGCUAUUCCUCCACUAAAACAAAGUCCCUCAAAGAUACCUUCGCCGAUAAACUCCCGGCUGAGAUCGAGAAGGUCAAGAAGCUGAGAAAAGACUACGGAGACAAGGUCAUUGGUGAAGUUACUCUUGGCCAGGUAUACGGAGGUGCUCGGGGAAUCAAAUCCCUUGUUUGGGAGGGUUCUGUCCUUGACCCCGAGGAGGGAAUUCGCUUCCGGGGCAAGACUAUUCCGGAAUGUCAGAAAUUACUUCCCAAGGCCCCCGGCGGAGAGGAGCCUCUACCAGAAGGUCUUUUCUGGCUGCUCUUGACCGGUGAAGUCCCCAGCGAACAACAGGUUCGUGCCCUCUCUGCAGAUUGGGCCGCUCGCUCCGAUCUGCCCAAGUUCAUUGAGGAGCUGAUCGAUCGCUGCCCUUCCACUCUGCACCCUAUGGCCCAAUUCUCCCUCGCUAUCACCGCUCUCGAACACGAGUCCGUUUUCGCCAAGGCCUAUGCUAAAGGCAUCAACAAGAAAGAGUACUGGCAGUACACCUUCGAGGAUUCCAUGGACUUGAUAGCCAAACUGCCUACCAUCGCAGCCAAGAUCUACCGCAACGUAUUCAAGGAUGGAAAGGUUGCUCCAAUUCAGAAGGACAAGGAUUACGGCUUCAACUUGGCCAACCAGCUCGGCUAUGGUGAUAAUAAUGACUUUGUCGAGUUGAUGCGCUUGUACCUGACCAUCCACUCUGAUCACGAGGGAGGGAACGUCAGCGCACACACAACCCACUUGGUCGGAAGCGCAUUGAGCUCCCCCAUGCUCUCUCUUGCAGCGGGUCUCAACGGCCUUGCUGGUCCUCUCCACGGGUUAGCCAACCAGGAAGUCCUGACCUGGCUGAUGGAGAUGAAGAAAGUCAUCGGCAACGAUCUCAGCGACGAGGCCAUUAAGGAUUAUCUGUGGUCCACCCUGAACGCCGGGCAAGUUGUUCCAGGCUACGGCCACGCCGUCCUCCGCAAAACCGACCCACGCUACACCUGCCAGCGUGAAUUUGCUCUCCGCAAGCUUCCUGAUGAUCCCAUGUUCAAGCUGGUCAGCCAAGUUUACAAGAUCGCUCCUGGCGUUCUGACCGAGCACGGCAAGGUCAAAUCUCCAUAUCCCAACGUCGACAGCCACUCAGGUGUGCUCCUUCAAUACUACGGCCUAACAGAAGCCAAGUAUUACACCGUGUUGUUUGGUGUUUCGCGAGCCCUUGGUGUGCUCCCACAGCUGAUCAUUGACCGCGCCCUGGGAAUGCCCAUCGAACGACCCAAGAGUUUCAGCACCGAGUCAUAUGCCAAGCUUGUUGGUGCCCAACUGUAAGAUAAUGUAAAGGAUAGAGAAAAGGCAGGGCGGGGUUUGUGGCGAUUCGUCCACGGUUCUUUUGGGUGUCAAUUUUUUUUAAAUUUUUAAAAAUUUUUUUUUGCCGUUUCAUUUCCUCCCCCCUCACCCUCGCAAUCAUUUUUUAUCUCCAUGUUUUACGGUUACUGUAUUCUACAUUCAAUUCCUUUAUACAUUUACAUCGGAAUCCGAGGAAGGCGUAGUUUCACUCCCAUAAUUGCAUAUCUGAUCAUUGGACAGGAGCCAAUCGGUCUAGGUAAAUGAGUAGGUAUGGCCGCGGGUCUUGUGAUCAAGGAGUGGAUGACCGGUAAGACGAAGGCGCGUAAUAAAGAACAUCACUUUGGCAGCAUUCCUUUU